GAACAAAGUUCCUGGAGUAUUUACAAUGAAGUUUUCGUUGGCAACUUUGCUUCUGUCUUACCUCUUCUUUGAUGUUCCAGGAACAUCAGGGGAUGUUGGGACUGCCUCAGCUUAUGACCCUCCGUACUUGCCAACAAGAUGCAAGGGAUAUGACCAAGACCAGUUUCCCCCGGGAGGAUAUUUUGUGGCUGCAAGUGAUGGCGUGUGGGACAAUGGUGCAGCAUGUGGGAGGAGAUACAGGAUACGGUGCAUCAGUGGUCCCAGGCGACCAUGUAAGAAUGGAUUUAUUGUUGUGCAGGUUGUUGACUUUUGCCGUCAAAGUCCCUGCCCAGCAACACUACUACUCUCGGCCGAAGCCUUUGGUGCCAUCUCUAGAAACAUCGAUGCCCGGAUCAACAUUGAAUUUGCACAGUAA